UUCAAAAAGGCAGAUCACAGUUUUCAUGUGCUUCUCGGUCACUUUUAUUCAUUUGCUUGUAGUUUCAGUAACGAUGCGUGCACCUACUCCGCAGUGGAGGGGUUUCCUCUCGCUGAUCCUAUUCUUUCUGGACGGGAUCAGUGGCUUCAAGUUUACCCUAUUACACACGAAUGACAUGCACUCCUGGUUCGACCCCAUUUCCGGUAAGGAUGGAAAGUGCAAAACUGGCGACGAUGAGAGGGGUCUUUGCUUUGGCGGAUUUGGACGAGUGGCUGCUGUGGUGGCGGCAGCUAGAAGUUCUGGAGGUGAUCCAGUUGUCUACUUGAACGGUGGCGAUACUUUUCAAGGCACUUCGUGGUUUUCGAUUUAUCGAGGGAAAAUGGUGGCGCGAAUGCUAAAUUUUCUGGCUCCCGACGCCAUGACCCUCGGAGUUCACGAACUUGACGAUGGAACAGACGCCUUGGCCGAGUUUUUGGAUAACAUUACCUUUCCGGUGGUCAGCAGCAAUAUAAACCUGAAAAAUGAACCAAAACUUGCCGAUAACAAUAAGUUAGUGACUUCCUCGGUUAUCACAAAGGGUAAUCGUAGGAUCGGCAUAGUGGGCUAUAUACGGCCGGAUACCAAGGAGCGAACUCAGCCGAGUAAUGUGAUGUUUAAGCAGGAGGUGCCCGCCAUCAACAAGGAAACAAAGAAACUGAGGGAUCAAGGCAUCGAUAUCAUUAUUGCGUUGGGACACUCCGGCUACGAGAAGGAUAAGGAGAUAGCCAGGCGAUGUCCGGACGUAGAUAUCGUCGUGGGUGGUCAGUCGCACACGUUUCUCUACUCCGGAAGGGCUCCGAGCAAGGAAAUCCCGGAGGGUCCCUAUCCCACGAUAGCGGUGAAGCCCGAUGGCAGGAAGGUGCCCGUUGUUCAGGCCUAUGCUUAUACGAAGUAUUUGGGCAACCUUUCCCUAGAAUUCGACAAUGGCGGCAAUCUGCUCAGUUUCAAGGGUCGCCCCAUAUUAUUGGAUAAGCGCUUCCAGCCCAGCCGAGCUGUUCAAGAUUUUCUUCAGCUGUACCGCCAGGUGAUCGAUGACAUGGAGCGCCAUGUGGUGGGCACCACCUCCGUUUAUCUGAAUGGCGAUCCCAAGAGCUGCGGUUACGGCGAGUGUAACUUCGGCAACUUCAUCGCAGAUAGCUUUGUGUAUGCCCGAGUUGUGCAAACGAUGGCGGAUAGAAGAUCUUGGACGGAUGCUUCCAUAGGACUCAUCAACGCGGGCGCCAUUAGAGCCUCGAUUGAACCCGGGGAAACGGGCGCCAUCACGGAGGCUGACGUGGUCACAGUGCUUCCCUUCAGCCAAGAGCUGUUUUACACGAGGAUUAGCGGCAGACAGCUGAUGAAGGCGCUGGAGCACUCUGCCCAUAUGCGGAGCAAGCACAUGACCAGUGCCCAUUUGCAGGUCUCGGGCCUUCGGCUCAAGUUCAACCACAGCUUGGCCAAGGGCGAAAGGAUCACAGAAAUCCGGGCGCUGUGCUCGGAGUGCCAGAUUCCACACUAUGAGGCUCUUGAUGCGGACAAGUACUACGGUGUGGUAAUCCCCUCAUUCCUAUUGAACGGCGGCGACGGCUACAGUUUCAUCGACAAAAAUCGACCGGAAGUGGAAAAUAUGACCAUCCUUGAUCGCAUGGCUGUCAUCCAGUAUCUCCAGGAGCACAAGGUUAUCUAUCCAGAACGGGAGGAUCGCCAAGCUGUGCAGCAGAAGCACCUUGCCAACUCGGGCUAUCACCUGUCAGUUGAACUCCCCUUGAUACUCUGCUUUUUGUGCUUUUGUCAUCGAUGUCUCGUUUAAGUGCCAGUCUCCAUGGGGCAUCAUUAUCAUUAGUACUCGCUCUCUGUUUUUGUCUAUUGCGCAAUCGCUUAGAACACAGAUUAGUGACUAAGUCUGUUGUGAACAAGUAUGCAUAUAUAUAAGCACAGGUGUCGCAAGUUUGAUUAUAUAUGCACGUACA